UUGGGAGAGUAUCCCCCAAGGCCUAGGAGAUUUUUAUUUUAAAAUAUUUAUUUAAAAUCUAGAUUAUUGAUUGUUGAAACGGAUAGAUAAAAACGUACCAAUUCCGUUUUCAACUUUCUCACGGAGAUCCGUGAAGAGGUUUCUCUCUUUUGUCAAUCAUCUACUACUAUAUAGUUCUAUACACGAGAGAGAGAGAGAGAGAGAGAGGUGGCCAGUGGGCAACAAGAAGGAGCUGCUGAACCUUUUGCAUCAGCGGUCCCUACGAAGCCGACUCUCGAAUACACGCAACGUAUUGCAUAGACGAAUGUUUAUGCGCGUUGCAUUAGUAAUUUGAUUGAAAUUUUACGCUAGCUGUCACCGAGAUCUGUAACAUAUUAUGGCGUCCGUAAGUGCGAAUUCGAACGGAAAUGUCGCUGCUCCUAAAGGGCGCGAGAAGGUCAUUAUCGACACGGAUCCUGGUAUUGAUGAUAGCAUGGCAAUCUUUAUGGCAUUCCAAAGUCCACAGCUAGAGGUCUUGGGCUUAACCACAAUAUUUGGUAAUGUUAGUACCGAAGGUGGCACUCUCAAUGCCUUGCUUCUGUGUGAGAUUGCAGGAUGUCCAGGUCUUCCUGUAGCAGAGGGUAGCCCUGAGCCUCUGAAGGGUGGAAAACCACAAAUUUGUGACUUUAUUCAUGGUUCAGAUGGACUAGGGAAUGUUUUUCUGCCUACUCCAAAAUCGAAGAAAAUAGAGAAGACGGCAUCGGAAUUUUUGGUGGAUAUGGUUUCUGAAAACCCUGGUGAAGUAUCUAUUCUUGCACUUGGACCGUUGACAAACUUAGCUUUGGCCAUCAAAAGAGACUCAACCUUUGCAAGCAAAGUUAAAAGAGUUGUCGUUCUUGGUGGAUCUUUCUUUGCAUUGGGUAAUAUCAAUCCUGCUGCAGAGGCAAAUAUCUAUGGUGACCCAGAAGCAGCAGAUAUCGUGUUUACGUCGGGGGCCGAUAUUGUUGUUGUUGGCAUAAACAUAACAACACAGAUCAAAAUGGGAGAUGCUGACCUAGAGGAGUUGAGGCAAUCAAAGGGAAGACACGCUCAAGUUCUAUCCAAAAUGUGCAAGUUCUACAGAGAUUGGCAUGUCAAGUCUGAUGGAGUCUAUGGGAUUUUCCCUCAUGACGCGGUCAGUUUUGUGGCACUAGUUCGGCCUGAUCUCUUCACAUACAAGAGAGGGGUUGUGCGAGUUGAGACACAGGGGAUAUGUUUAGGGCACACGCUCAUGGACCAAGGACUCAAAAUAUGGAAUUCAAGCAAUCCAUGGACGGGCUAUUUCCCUGUUUCGGUUGCAUGGACAGUGAACGUGGAGGAAGUUCUUAAUUAUAUCAAGAAAGUGCUGAUGAAACCUUGACUUAUUUGGAAGUUCUGCUCUAUAUCCUACUCAAAGUUUGAUGAAGAUGUCAACAUUUGAAAAUGAAAGUUUGGUUUUCUUUGGUUUCUAUAAGAAACCCCUUGUCUCAUUUGGGGGUUAAAGGGCUUAUUCGAUGUUCUGCCAAUUGCCAAAAUAUCCUGUACUCUAUGGAAUAUGUAAAUGCAAUCACUUAAAUAACACAUCUGUUUAGAUGUUGCUAUUUCAUAAUCUUGACCAGCUUCUCCUUUUAGUCAUUUUUUCUCUCCCAAAAUACAGUUUGCUCUUGCUAUUGGGGAUCUGGAGUUGAUUGCUCUUUUGACAUGAACUUAGUCUUCUAUUUGAAUGUUCUGUAUUAGAUUA